CCAAUUUCAUCACACUCCGGUCGGCUCGGUCAUCAGACGAAAUCAAUAGCUUUCAGUUUCAGUUUCAAACUCUCACGUGCGAACAUCUGCCAACAGGCAUAUUUUGUUGGGAGCGCGCGCAAAAUAAGUCAGUUUACCCAAAUGACUCUCAAGUGCUUCCUUUCCUUACAGCUGACACAGAAAGAGGCGUAAGGCUGAGACUUCAACUGAGGGUGUAGAUUCGGGACAGCACAGCUACGGGCGUCAAAACCGAAGGAUGGAGAUCUGGCUGAGCCCCAAACACCGACUCCCCUGCUGCAAGCUCCGGUAGUGUCUUGGGCAAAAUGCAUUGUAUUCCCCGAGCACCUAACCAAAAAACGCAGUCUCCGCAAGAGAGCGAAAACCCGGAUCGCGGCGAUUUGUUUACGCGUGUUUGACAGUAAUUGGGAGUUCUUUAGCAAAGACACACUGAUGGAAUAACGUAACCUGUUACCUAAGCAAGGAAACCUUACAACGUCCGUUUUGUCGCUCAGUUCCUUGUCUGAAAGAGUAUAAGGAAUGUUUGGAAUACAGAAACGAAGGCUGUUUGGUGUUCUUUCAUUACCGGUAAUUGUGGCAGUGAUGUGCUGUGCUCAAAGCGCCAAUGAACCAGGAAACAUGUCUUUUGUCAAAGAGACAGUAGACAAGCUUUUGAAAGGCUAUGACAUUCGUCUACGACCAGAUUUUGGAGGUGCACCGGUUGCAGUUGGCAUGAGCAUCGAUGUGGCGAGCAUAGACAUGGUGUCUGAGGUCAACAUGGACUACACAUUGACCAUGUAUUUCCAGCAGUACUGGAGGGACAAGCGGCUGGCAUAUUCUGGGAUUCCUCUCAAUCUCACCUUAGACAACAGAGUAGCCGACCAACUCUGGGUUCCUGACACAUAUUUCCUAAAUGACAAAAAGUCUUUUGUUCACGGCGUCACAGUGAAGAACCGCAUGAUCCGCCUGCAUCCAGACGGGACAGUUCUUUAUGGAUUAAGAAUCACUACGACUGCUGCUUGCAUGAUGGAUCUGAGAAGGUAUCCAUUAGAUGAGCAGAAUUGCACUCUGGAGAUUGAGAGUUAUGGAUCAACAGAUGACAUCGAGUUUUACUGGAAGGGAGGAGAAACUGCAGUGACGGGUGUGUCGCGUAUCGAACUCCCGCAAUUCUCCAUUGUUGACUACAAACUUGUGUCCAGAAAUGUUGUCUUUCCAACAGGUGCCUAUCCUCGACUAUCUUUGAGCUUCAAGCUAAAAAGAAACAUCGGCUACUUCAUCCUGCAGACCUACAUGCCCUCGAUCCUGAUUACCAUCCUGUCCUGGGUCUCCUUCUGGAUCAACUACGAUGCCUCAGCAGCCAGAGUGGCGUUAGGUAUCACCACUGUGCUGACCAUGACCACCAUCAACACCCACUUGAGAGAAACUCUACCGAAGAUCCCAUAUGUCAAAGCCAUAGACAUGUAUCUGAUGGGCUGCUUCGUCUUUGUUUUCUUGGCUCUGCUGGAAUACGCUUUCGUCAACUACAUUUUCUUUGGACGGGGGCCUCAGAUGCAGAAGAAAUUGGCUGAGAAAGCUGAGAAAGCCAAUAAUGACCGCAACAAGUAUGAUGGCAACAAGUCUGUUCAGGAGGGAGGAAACUGCAAGCCAUCAUCUGUUAAACAGUCCAAUCAGGUACAAGGCCACCGUCACUCACGAGGGGUGGACUCCCAGGGAAAUAUUCUUCUGACCACCCUGGAGAUCCACAAUGAGGUGGCCGGGAACGAGAUCACCACCAGCGUCAGCGAGGCUCGAAACUCCACUUCAAUGGUGUUCGAUAACUCAGGGAUCCAGUAUCGCAAACAGAGCACAGCGCGGCACAGCAUGGACAGAAAUGCACAGUCCAAGAAACCGCGGCUACGCAGACGCUCCUCACAGCUCAAAAUCAAAAUCCCUGACCUCACAGACGUGAACGCCAUCGACCGAUGGUCACGGAUUAUAUUUCCCGCAGUUUUCUCGCUUUUCAACUUGAUCUAUUGGCUGUAUUAUGUGAAUUAGGCCUCAGGCGUUCGUUGGGUUUUUUUGGCCCUUCACGGUUUUUUUCAUGUUGCCAAGUGGAAACUUUGACUUUUUUUCUUUCUUUGCUCUGAUGUACUUUACGGACGUGCUCGCACGCCAUAUUGAAAUUUUUUUACAUUUGAACCCUUGCGAUGUUAUAAAGGGUUCAGACUGAAUACUACCUGCACUAAAUGGGCCGUCCCGUACAGUACAUUUCCAGUGACAUAAACAAAAUCGUUUUCUAAAGAUACGUCACAAUUUCCGAAGCCACAGGACUCCCGCAUGACGCAUCCAGAGCUGUUUUUAAUUUGUACAUGUUGCUAUGUUUUUCCGAUCGAAAGACUGCUAAUGUGUCAUGCCAAUAAGUUUUUACUGUUGGAGCACAGGGGAUGAAUAUUAAAAGAAGACUAUAGAGUUAUGGAAAUGCAAUAUAACAAGGGUUGUAGUUCAAAUCACGUCUUCAGUCUCAAAACAUUGUCAUUAUGAUCUUAUUUAGACAGCGUUUGUAUAUAAUCAUGUUACGAUAUGCUUUUGGAACAUGAUUUCCAUCCGCCUUGGGUUGAUAUGAUUAUAUGCCAUUUUUUGCAAUCAUCAUGUAAAGUGCUUCAGUACAUGUAAGAUAAGAUAAUAACUGUUCACUCAAGGAUAUCAACAACAACAAAAAAUGAGAAAAGGAACAAAAAGGGGGAAUAUUUAAAUCAGGGCCUGCAAAGGAUUUCCAUGAUGCCAACCUGAACAUCAAACACAAGAUGAACAAUCCUGACAUUGUGUUUUGCUUUUUGGUAGUAGACGUGUAGCAAUUACUGUAUGAUUUUUAAGUGAGGUUUGGGUGUUUUGUU